AUGCAUAUUCUCGUCACAAACGAUGACGGGCCGCCGUGUUCGGAAUCAUCUCCCUAUGUCCACUGUCUAGUGAGACAACUCCAAAAGGCCGGCCACACCGUCUCAGUCUGUCUGCCGCACACGCAGCGAUCAUGGAUUGGAAAGGCGUACAUGGUCGGUCAGACUUUGAAGCCAUUAUACUAUCGACCAGGCAAGGAAAGUCACGGUGACUUAUCCGAAGGGUCUCUGCAUAAACGGCCGUCUCCAACAAGCGAUGUAGAGGAAUGGAUUCUAAUCGACGGUACACCCGCAUCCUGCGCACAAAUCGGCCUAUAUCACUUCUUUCAGGAUAAAGGACCGGUUGACCUGGUAGUCAGCGGACCAAACUACGGCAGAAACUCAACAGCGGUCUAUGCCCUCAGCUCGGGAACCAUUGGAGCAGCAAUGGAAGCAGCCGCUUGCAGGAAAAAGUCAAUCGCCCUGAGCUUUGCCCUCUUCUCGCGGAACCAUGACCCGCUUGUAAUUGAGGCAGCGUGCCGCCACGGCGUGAAAGUCAUUGAGGCCUUAUACAAGCAGUGGCCCACGGAUGGCAGCGUGGAUCUUUACAGCGUUAAUGUACCGCUGAUUGAAGAGGUUGAGAAGCGCAAGACUCUCUUUACGGAGAUGCUGCAGAAUAAAUGGGGAGACGUGUGCUGCUUUGAGGAAGUAGAAGAUGAGACGGGCGAUGCGGUUACGGAAGAGUCACAUAUUCGCGAGGGACCAGACGGUGAGGCUUGCAGAAACGGAAACGGGGAUGCUACGAGAACGGGACACUUGCACAGGCACUUCAAGUGGGCGCUGCCGUUGGCGGAUGUGCGAAGGAGUGUGGAAGAGUCUGAGCCUGGGAAUGAUGGCUGGACUGUCAAGGAGGGUAAUACGAGUGUCACGCCUUUGAGAGCGAGUUUUGCUCUUGGUGAAGGCGCUCUCAGUAGGAAGGAGUUGGCCUUGUAG